CGCAUGCGCAGACUGUCCGCUAUUCGCUGUCAGUGAUCCGUGCGGGGAGCCGAGUCAUUCAGCGCUGACUGCAGUGGCAUCGGCACAUACGAAAAUGGCGGCCCGAACGAUGCAAGCAGCUCGAUGCCCAACAGAUGAGCUUUCACUGACUAACUGUGCUGUGGUGAGCGAAAAGGACCUUCAGUCUGGGCAACAUGUGACUGUGAAGACCACACCCACCCACAAGUUCGUCUUCACUGUCAAGAGCCACCACAGUGUGGUUCCAGGGACGAUUGCUUUCAGUUUACCACAGAGGAAAUGGGCUGGCCUCUCGAUUGGUCAAGAAGUAGAAGUGUCCAACUACAAUUUUGACAAGUCCAGGCAGUGUGUUGGAGCCAUGACCAUUGAGAUUGACUUCCUGCAGAAAAAGAGCACAGACAGCAGCCCCUACGAUUCUGACAAGAUGGCCAGUGAAUUCAUUCAGCAGUUCAACAAUCAGGGUUUCAGCGUGGGGCAGCAGCUGGUUUUCAGCUUUUGUGACAAACUAUUCGGGCUAAUGGUGAAGGAUAUUGAGGCCAUGGACCCGAGCAUCCUCAAGGGGGAGCCAGCUUCUGGAAAGAAGCAGAAGAUUGAUAUUGGCCUUUUGGUAGGGAAUAGUCAGGUGAUUUUUGAGAAAGCGGAGAGCUCUUCCCUCUCCUUGGUGGGAAAAGCCAAAACCAAAGAGGCCCGGCAGACCAUCAUUAACCCUGACUGGAACUUUGAACGCAUGGGCAUUGGAGGUCUAGACAAGGAGUUCUCCGACAUUUUCCGUAGGGCUUUUGCCUCUCGGGUAUUCCCCCCGGACAUCGUGGAGCAAAUGGGCUGUAAGCAUGUUAAAGGCAUCUUGCUCUUUGGUCCCCCUGGCUGUGGAAAGACUCUAAUGGCCCGGCAGAUUGGGAAGAUGCUUAAUGCCCGUGAGCCUAAGAUUGUCAAUGGGCCUGAAAUUCUGAACAAAUACGUGGGGGAAUCAGAGGCUAACAUUCGUAAACUCUUUGCUGAGGCUGAAGAAGAGCAGAAGAGACUAGGUGCUAACAGUGGUCUGCACAUCAUAAUUUUCGAUGAGCUUGAUGCCAUAUGCAAGCAGCGUGGCACUGGAGCCAGUAGCACAGGCGUUCAUGACACGGUGGUCAACCAGCUGCUGUCCAAGAUCGAUGGUGUGGAGCAGCUAAACAACAUCCUUGUCAUAGGAAUGACAAACAGACCAGAUUUGAUUGAUGAAGCUCUGAUGAGACCAGGAAGAUUUGAGGUUAAAAUGGAAAUUGGCCUACCUGAUGAAAAGGGCCGGCUGCAGAUUCUUAAUAUUCACACAGCCAAGAUGCGCGAGUUCAAAUUGCUGUCCAACGACGUGGAUUUGCCAGAACUGGCAACAGAGACCAAGAACUACAGUGGUGCUGAGCUGGAGGGUCUGGUUCGGGCUGCCCAGUCCACUGCCAUGAAUCGCCACAUCAAGGCUAGUACCACAGUAGAAGUGGACAUGGAGAAAGCAGAGAAGCUGCAAGUCCAUCGUGCAGACUUCCUAGGGUCCUUAAAUAACGACAUCAAGCCCGCUUUUGGCACCAACCAAGAAGACUAUGCCAGCUACAUUAUGAAUGGCAUCAUUAAAUGGGGAGACUCCGUGACCCGCGUCUUAGAUGAUGGGGAGCUGCUGGUUCAGCAGACAAAGAACAGUGAUCGUACACCUCUGGUGGCUGUGCUUUUGGAAGGACCACCCCACAGUGGCAAGACUGCACUGGCUGCCAAGAUCUCAGAGGAUUCCCAGUUUCCCUUUAUCAAGAUCUGCUCUCCGGAUAAGAUGAUUGGCCACUCAGAGAUCUCCAAGUGCCAAGCGAUUAAGAAGAUCUUCGACGAUGCCUACAAAUCCCAGCUAAGCUGCGUGGUGGUGGAUGACAUUGAGCGUCUGCUUGAUUAUGUUCCUAUUGGGCCACGUUUCUCCAAUCUCGUCUUGCAGGCUCUGCUUGUGUUGCUGAAGAAACCCCCACCUAAGGGACGCAAGCUGCUGAUCAUAGGAACAACCAGUCGGAAGGAUGUGCUGCAAGAGAUGGAGAUGCUGGAUGCAUUCAGCACCACCAUUCAUGUUCCAAACAUCUCAACUGGGGAACACCUGGUCGAGGCCUUGGAGCUGCUUGGCAGCUUUACAGACAAAGAGAGGGCCACCAUUUCACAGCAAGUUAAGGGCAAGAGAGUGCGGAUUGGCAUCAAGAAGCUGCUGAUGCUUAUUGAGAUGUCCCUCCAGAUGGACCAAGAAUACAGAGUUGGCAAGUUUUUGUCUCUGCUCAAGGAUGAAGGGACCGCAGCUUCUAUCAGUAGAACUGCAGAUUCUUUCUUAUGAAGAGACCUAGACAUUGUUAACCUUGAUCUUCAGAUGGAGCCAACCAGAGGAUAUAAGCUUUCCCAUGUCCCACUUCAGCUAUUCUGCAUGUUUCCUAUGGCGAAAAACAACCUGGUCUACCCUGUUAUGAUGACAUAUCCCAUAUUUGAAUCAAUGUCUUGUGUAUAAUUGCAAUUUCAAUGGUAAAUACUGUGAGAUGUGCUCUUUGCUGUUAGAAUCGCAUACUUAAGUUUAUGAAAUAUAUAUAUAUAUAUAUAUAGAUAUAUAUAUACUGGUACAACAUUAAUAUUAAGCUUUACUUUCAGUUUACACAUAGUGAAUGGUGUUUAUAUAAAGUGCUGUUUUAAUGUCUAUCCUUAACUUAUUUAAUUUAUAUUUUGUAUAGUAUGUACAAUAUAAAUGCAUAGACACAAUCAAUUCAAUAUAUGAUCCUGGCAAUGUCUUUUAAUUAAACUUCUUGCAUAUUUGACUUGUUAAGAUUUAAAAUUGUGUGAAUGACUGUCUGUUAGAGCUGCUAUGUAAAUCAGGUUCAUUGCUUUGACUGGCUCUGGAGAAUGUGUCUGUCAAAUGAAAUAUCCUCGUAAUGUGGCAUUUGGUGUUCGUAGAAAAAGACAUCUUGUGUACAAAAGGGAUGUGUGUUUUGCAGAUGAAACAUGGUCUGAUGGGGUAGAUAUAGUGCAUAUUGGAGGCAAACUGAGCAGAUGUACUGUUGGAAGCAAACUGGUUGUCCUCUGCCCUGUACAGCCUGAACUCCUGUAUACAACAGAAAGAAACUGGCAUUACACUCUAGCAGCUAGACUCAGUUAAAUGGCUGACCCCUAUAUAAAAGCUCGCAAGGUUAAAUUAACGGUUAAUUCAUUCCACCUACUGCUCUAACCUGUAUUUUUGUUAGUGUAAAGAACAUCAUAUUUUGAUUGUGAGCAAUGUGUAUUUUUUUUUCUAGUCUUUAACUGUCUAUCUGCCGGUCCUGUCAGAAGAACAUCUGCUGUAUACAUUUUACUGUGCUCCAAAUGUGUGAUGUCCACAUUUUACUGUUCAAUAGCUCUUUAUUCUUACUGUUGAGGAUAUGUGAUAAAUCCUAUGUAUUAUAAUAAGAUGUAUUAUUGCAAUAAAGCACAGAUUCACCCAUUUC